AUGAAUCGUUUUGAUCAAGAUACUGAUAUUAAAGUACGUUCAACAAUACGUUUUCUAAAUGAAACAAUUCAAUAUAAUGCCAAUGAACCAUCAUUAGCUUUUUAUCGAAUCCAAGAACAUGUACAAAAAAUGUUACCAACAAUGAUACAAAAACGAAAUGAACUUGAGAAUUUAAAGGAACAAAUGAAUGGCCUUGUUUUCGAUAUUGAAUAUAGUAUGGAUGCUGUUAAAGAUGUUGGAACUAGUGUUGAACAUGUUGAUAGUAUUGUUAAAAAUUUAGAAAAAGCACGUUAUCUUAGUGAACAAAUAAGUUUAAUUCGACAAAAACAAAUUCAACAACAAUUAUUUGAAAAAAAAGAUGGUCCAUUACCAUCCGUAUUAAAAAUUUGA